AUGGCGGCCAACAACUGCAACCACCCCAAACUUGCCAAUGAAUUGAAGACCUGCCCUUUCAAUGACAGGCACUUGUUUCCAAAGCACGAGUUGUCACAUCACAUAGCAAACUGUGAGGACAAGAGGUCACUGAGUGCUGAAGAUGGAAAUGUAGAGGUGUUAAAGAAGUUCCAGGUGCCUGUAAAUACCUGGACAAACCCUUCACCCAAUGAGGACUGGGAAACAGAGACUGAUGAUGCUGCUGUGUUUGUUUGGGGUGAAUCCAACAAUCAGCUUGCCCAAAACAAACCAGAGCCAUCUACCACUGUCAGUUUAUCUGAUGGAUUGCGGGCACCUCGAACUCUUCCAUGGAAACUCUAA